AAACCUGUCCUAGAGCAUCUCUGAGUUAGAAGAUUGAUGGGGAAAGACAGAGGUGUUGUGACACUGAAAAUGCUGCUGGGUUGGUGAAAUGAGCAAUGGAAAAUGUGGGAAGCUGAUCAACCUCCCCCAGAGAAAGGUUAGAGCCCAGAGAAACUCAGAACAGGUCCCCCUGUGCAGCCACAGCAAAUGUCCAACAGCAGCUCCACCAGCCACUUCCUCCUGCUGGCACUGGCAGACACGCGGCAGCUGCAGCUCCUGCACUUCUGCCUCUUGCUGGGCAUCUCCCUGGCCGCCCUCCUGGGCAACGGCCUCAUCAUCAGCGCCGGAGCCUGCGGCCACCACCUGCACACGCCCAUGUUCUUCUUCCUGCUCAACCUGGCCCUCAGCCACCUGGGCUCCAUCUGCACCACUGUCCCCAAAGCCAUGCACAAUUCCCUCUGGGACACCAGCACCAUCUCCUACACAGGAUGUGCUGCACAGCUCUUUUUCUUUCUGUUCUUCAUUGGAGCAGAGAAUUUCCUCCUGACCAUCAAGUGCUACAACCGCUACGUGUCCAUCUGCAAACCCCUGCACUAUGGGACCCUCCUGGGCAGCAGAGCUUGUGCCCACAUGGCAGCAGCUGCCUGGGCCAGUGCCUUUCUCAAUGCUCUGCUGCUCAUGGCCACUACAUUUUCCCUGCCCCUAUCAUCAAUGCAGACAUUGAAAUCCACGCUGGCUGGCUCUGAUCCCUUGGCCAUCCUGCGGGUGCCCUGUGAUGGCACUCAGGGUGAUCUGUUCCAGAACCUUGCUGGGCACCGAGGUGCCUUCCAGGCACGACUGCAGGACUUGCUGACUCGGAGCUUUUCCAAGGCAUCUCUCCUACAAGUAGCCUCAAAUCCAGUCACUGCCAUGGAGCAGAGAUCCCUGAGAGGGCCCAAGCUGGCCUGGGUGCAGGAGGAGGAAGAAGGCCCUGGAGCUGCCCCAGUAGAGGAGAUCAAAGAGGUGGUGCAGUUCAAGACUCUACAGGAGGAUGCAGCCGUGGACCGCACACAAGAGCAGGACCCUGCCCGUGGCCUCUUCCGCAGAACAGUGGAGGUGCCCGCCAUGGUGAGGUACAUCCACCAGUGGCUCAUGGACAAUCAGUUUGCUGAGCAGAGGCUGAAAAGGGCCCUGCUGGAUCUCACUGAAGAACAGCCUGCUGAUGUAGUAAUGACACUCCUGUGUGUGGCCCCAUCCUGUGACAGAGCUGCUUUCACCAUGUGGAAGAGCAUCAUGUGCUCGCCCAGGACUGCGGAGCCGGUGCAGCUGAUACUCCUCGAUGUGCUGGGGAGUUGGCCAGAGCACAGCACGUUCACCUCUGAUGGGGACAAAACCAGUGUCUUUGUCCUGGCUGCAACUGUGGUGAUGUGGAAGAUCCUCCAGGUGCCCUGUGUCCCACAGAUGGUGACGGUGUAUUUCCCCCACCUACUUGUGCAUCUGCUCUUCCAAGUGUUCUUCAGCACUCUGGAUAUGCCAGAGGAGGUCGAUACCUUCUGGAAGGGAUGCCAGCAGCAAUACGGCCUUGCCACCAGCCCCAACAGGUUUGCAGUGCGGACCCUGAAGUCCCUGCUCUGCCAAAUGGAGCACGAGGAUGUGGUGCUGGCAAUGGAACGCAAGCGUGGCUGGGACACGCUGCUGUGUGCUGACACCCACCACUAUGCUGUGGGUCUGCUGGCCAGGUGAGACCCCCUUCUCCCCGCUGCCUCUGACAUUUGUGCUCUGUGCCCAGGGUGCCCCACACAGUCCCAGUGGUCGUGGGCCAGAGGGCCUUGUCACCGAGGCACAGCCAAGCAGACUGGAAAAGGCUGGCAGAGGAGGGUACCCACAAGGAGCCGCCUCCCAAAUAGCCCAGGGCCCCUUGCAGGAUGCUGGGGAAAGACCAGA